CAAGAUAUCAUUACUCAGAUAUUUCAAUCGUCUGGCAUGAGCCGAAUGAACCGCGCCUUUUCGAGUAGCGCCUCUCCGCAUGUCCUGCAUCAACAUUCAUCGGUGCUUCCAGAACAAGACAACCUAGUAUCCUUCCAAUCAUUUCCAAGCUCUCCCUUAGACACGACAUCAACGUCUUCGACCUACGAAUCACUAUUACUUACCAGACUGGCGUCUUCAUCCUCCAACACGACACCUCCGUCCUCUCCACCUAGGACGCGUUCGGUCAGCAGAGGAGCAGCAUCAGUACAUUCCACAUCGAGCUCUGGCAGUAAUCGCUCCAUAAAUUCUGUCAGCUUUAAUUCUCAGCUGGAUAAAUUCCGACAUGAAAUCGAGUCUUGCAGAGAUGCUCACUGAGGUGCACGAAUGUACUUCCUACCACGUACCGCUGACGGAUCUCCGUCGUCUUCCUGUGUCAGCCUCAGCGCCAUACAUACGAGAAGCACAAUCUGUUCCUAAAGCAUUGAGAUAUGUUUUAGCAGUAUGUGCUGUUUGCUUGCGCGCAUAUUGUGAGGGCUGCGGAAAGGAGAUCAAAGAGACUCGGGCAGGGUGUGCUUGGUUCGGCACUGCCCUCAAUUGCUGUGAGAAAGUUGGACUGAGAGGUCUUCUCAACAUUCUCAGUGAUCUGGACGUUGAGGCCGAGGAAGCUCCAGGAGGAAUACCGUCUUCGGCAGGAGCUCUGCUACAGCUCAUCAACGAUCAUUUUAUCAAUGAGCGGGUCGUCUGUUACACAGCAGUCCUGGUUUCAGUCGUCCGAGCGUCAAAGCUGUUCGAGCUUAUAGACGACGUAAUCAUGGACAUUCAACUCGUAACUCUUCCAGUUGAUCCUGCGAGAUGGAUGGUCUACCUGCAGACUGCUCGACUCCUGUGGACGUUUAUGUGUCAAUCCGAGCUCCGUCGUUAUAUCACCCAGUAUCCUUACUGCGACAUUCCCAUCUUCCAACACCAACAUGGAGCCAGAGCUUGGAUAGAGGAGGGUUGCGAGGUUGAAUGGUCCACGAAUCCGUUGUUCGUCAACGUGAACGCUAGGUUUCGGGCGCUCCGGAAAACCAUGGACAAGUGGGAAAAGUUGCUUGGGAGUUCGCCAGAGCAAGACGUUUAUAUGGCCCCUACAAUCCGCUUCUUCAAAUUGGUAUUGCGCGCUUCGAGAAGCUAUAGGAUCCAAUAUGGGCAAGGCCGUCGUAUGGUGUGGGCCAAGUCACGGAAGCAGAAUGUGGGGGACUUGUGAAAUUGGGGUGCGGAUGAGCGAGAUGGUUGUAGUUAUGUAUGAAGUAUUUAGUUGUAUUGUUGAUAGAUAGUUAGGAACAUGAAUGAGUAACGAUGAGAGCGACAAGAUCCGUUGCGGCCUGAAGAACCUGACAGUCACUGCAUUUGGAGCGCAGUAAGGGAAGCAAAGGACGAAUGCGCAUAAACCUUG